AUUCUCGCCUUAACCCCUCCCCUAAAAGCUGCACGAAAGUGAAUCAAUCCAUCGACGUGGUCACUCUCAGUGAGUGUCAGAGCUUAUCCGGCAGCCUUCCAGGUAGUGUCUCGUCGCCUUUCCUCCUCCGUUCACCUCAUUCAACCGUAACAAGCAAUCAUGACUCGCGAGGAUGCCAUGAAAGAGGCCUGCGCCCAUGAGGCUGAACACGCCCAUGAUCCCCUGGAGAAGUUGAGGUGUCUGGUUUUGACCCGAGGAUACGACAGCAUCCUUCAGUUUGGAAAAAUGUUCAGAAGACUGGACGAAGAUAAGAACCUUACUCUCUCCAAAGAGGAAUUCUUGGACGUCCUGAAUCAGUUUGGCUUGGACAUGAGCUCAGACGAAUUUGCCGAAGUUUACGCAGCUUUCGACGAGGAUGGAACCGGCUCCAUCAACUAUAAUGAGUUUCUAGAUAAACUCAGGCCUGAAAUGAACGAGGCGAGGAUAGAGAUCGUGGAGGAGGCCUUCGCCAAGCUGGACGAGAGCGGCGACGGGGUCGUCACGCUGGAUGACGUCCGCGACAAGUACGACGCCUCUCACCACCCAAAGGUCCUCUCCGAAGAGGCCACGGAGGACGAGGUCCUGCUCAAGUUCAUCGGGAGGUUCGAGGCAGGAGUCAGCGAAGACGGGAAGGUAACAAAAGACGAGUUCCUCGACUACUAUUCUGGCCUCAGCAAAUCCAUCGAUGAUGACGAGUAUUUCAUCACCGUCAUCAAGAACAGCUGGAAACUUUAAGCAGGGAAGGAGAUCUCGGAUGGACAAGUGUUCGUUCAAGCAUAGCUGUACCCUACGAUUCUUUUUUAGUCAGUCACUUUCCUGAUUGUUACUCUCUUAUUUUAUUCGUUUAUUUAGCCAUCUAUUUACUUCUUGGCUUCGAGUGCAGAUAAGUUAGUUAUGGGUGCCUCGUGACUGAAGGAUAAUUCUUAUUUUCCACCGACAGGGGUUGGUGGACUAACUGGGAAAUGAUUGUAUUUUUUUGUCGGCUGAUGAGAUGGGCUGCCAAGGAAAUUAUUUCGCGAUCAAUCCUAUUUGUUGUUUAGAUUUUUGAGGUAUUCAUUAUGAACCACAAGAACGCAAAUCUGAAGAAUAACCUGCUUUUCAUUCUGUCCACUGUGCUUGUCAAUAAACACCGAGAGGGUAACACCCAAAACCUCCUUUCUGUGAGUGACUUGAUUUUCCUUUCAUGGGGUAAUCAGCUGUUUUUUUUUAUAUGCUAACUGUUGCCACAUAGAUUGGAAGAAUUGCUCGUUAACUGAUAAACGUUUCGAGCAACGUUCCGUUUAUCUCUCUAAAAUUGUUUAACUUUUGCUUGAUAUUAUGAAGCCUCUUUGUUAUUUAGCUGAAGAAGCUGGCAAAUCUUUCCAGAUGACCGCAGGAGUUCGGAACUGGAUUUAAUGGCUAAGUUUCAGAACCGCCGUUGACCUGAAAGUAAGAAAUGUCAACAUAAAUAACUUCUUAUAGCUUUUACCAGAAAGAGCAGCAGUGAUGACUGACAUAGGUAUAAAAGAAAAGCGUUCGCAUUGCGAGGAACAAGUCCUCAUGAAUAUCAUAGUCGUAUCUGAGAUCUGUUUAUUGCUUGCAAUUUCUUCAAUUAAAAAUGGAGGAGGUGGCCAAUCAGCUUCAGUGACCGUGGUUGCAAUAUCUACAUCGAGUCUGGAAAGUGAAAAGAGGUGAGAGAGAGAGAGAGAUGAGAAGAUGGAGGGAAAAUGCUGCCGAGAAAAUCUGCUGAAACAAAUGAUGUUAUUUAUGUGACAGCUUAUCGGAAGGAUAUGUCGGUGAAUGCUCUCAAUGAAGUAUUAUUUUCGUCAUGGCUCUAGUUAAGAUAUACAGUACACCUUACUAGAGCGCUUUUGUCAUUUCCAGACAAUAAAGCAAAUCAACAUUAACGAUAAACCUUUGCCGGUCUUAGUCAACCAAUUCGCUCGUAACAUGUUGACUGGUCGAGCUUUUCGUGUCUUUUUAAAUCUUGCUGAUCGUGGUUCUAAGUUGACAAAUCCCUCUGCAGAUGUCAUUUCCCGUUCGCUCUGUUGCUUCCCGGUUAUUGAUUAACGUACGUUUAAUUCCAGCAUCACGCCAUUAAUGGUCAUCGAUGUCAUUAUUGGCAGUGUUGGUGUCUCCUUGGACCUCCCUGAUUCUCGUCCUUAAUUUGACUACUACUACUACUACUACUGCUUCUACUGUUGACCUCUUGUUGUGCGACUGACCAAAAACUCUUGUUGCUUCGGAUAGAAGGAAAUCAUCAAUUUCCCUUUGUUUAUUAUUAUUAUUAUUAUUAUUAUUAUUAUUAUUAUUAUUAUUAUUAUUAUUAUUAUUAUUAUUAUUAUUAUUAUUAUUAUUAUUAUAUUGAACGGUUUUAAAAUGCAUCAUGAAAUCCAUCCAGAGGGAAUGAUACUUAGCUUAUACUUCAUCUGCAAUGCGAUAUGUAUUCAGACUUCAGUGUACUGUUAUUUUAAAAUUCGACACCAAUCUCACUGAUCAGUGUUAAUCGGUCAAUAAAGUUAAGGAUAAA